AUGUCCAGUGCCCAGGGGAAUGGUGGUGGCAGUGCCAGUAUGCAGUGCCGCCGUUGCACGGCCUUCAGCGGCAAGUACGAGACAGAGAGUGAGAAGGACUACGACAAGUUCAUGAAGCGCCUGGGGCUCCCCAGCGACAGGAUUGAAAAGGGUCGCAACCUCAAGAUCAUCUCAGAGGUGCAGCAGGACGGGCAGAACUUCACCUGGUCCCAGAACUACCCCGGGGGCCCCUCCAUUACCAACAAUUUCACCAUUGGCAAAGAGUGCAACAUGGAGACUGUGACGGGCAAGAAGUUCAAGGCCACUGUGCAGAUGGAGGGUGGGAAGGUGGUGGUGAACUUCCCCCACUACAACUACAUCGUGGAGAUCAUGGAUGGCAAGCUGGUGGAGAUCUCCACCUUUGAAGGUGUGUCCUACGAGCGCGCGAGCAAGACGCUGGCCUGA